AUGCGCUUUAUGCUAUUCCGUCAGCCUGCAGUCGCCAACCAGGAUGAGGACGAAGCAGCAAAGGUCAAAAGAACGCAAAUCGCGUGUUUGAAUUGCAGGAAAAGGAAGAGCCGGUGUUUGCUAGACUCGGACAACUCCAUACCAUGUCUGCGCUGCAAACGCGACAACCUCGACUGCGUGCUCGGUGGUAGUAAUCGUGGUGGGCGACGCGAGCGGAAAAAGAAACGCGUCGAUGCAUCGCAAAUACAAUCUGAAGAGCAAACUCAACAGCAAUUGCCAACACUCACUGCCACUGCCUCCGAAGGUAGCUUUCACACACUAGGCAACCUAGGGACUACAUGGUCGCAAGAUCCAGCCGUGCAACCGUUUGGUGAAGAACUCCAAGGAGACCCAUCUGAAUCUUCAAAUACGGACGAACUUCCCUUUUCUAAUCUGCAAAAUCCAUCAGAUGCGCUGGAUAUAUUGGCCAAGGUAGCUGGCGAAUCUAGCUCCAAUGAUGAGACUAUUGGCAUGGGAACUGUCAGGGCGUCUUCUUUGAGCAUGCCUGCACCACUGUCGUUUUCGUACCCUCUUCUUGAUCGGGGCAUACUGACAGUACACUCCCUAUGCCAGCUGCUCGUUCGCUUCCAACAGCAGUACCAUCCAUUCUACCCCCUAGCUCCAGCUCACGCAUUCGAAGCAUCCCAUCUUUCGGAAAUGGUAAAUAAUGAAGCCCACCUACUUACAGCCAUCCUUCUUAUUGCGUCAAAAGACCUCGUCGACGAACCCCAUAUCUAUGAGGCCUGUUCAGAGCAUAUGAAAAGUCUUGUCUCGACCUUGGCGGCUGGGGGAGAUGCCGGCAUUGAAGCAGUAGAAGCUUUACUUCUUCUAGCUGAAUGGGCGCCAUAUACCCAGCGUGGUUCUGGAAAAGUCGGCAAAGGAGAAGAAGAUAAGGAAAGUUGGAUGCACGUCGGGCUUGCUUUGAGGAUUGCCUACUUCCUCGCUCUAGAUCGAUAUUCGUUCCGCUUCGUAGACCAGGGGAAGGAUCAGGAUCGUCAUCGUAAGCGUCUCAUUUGGACGGCUGCUUAUGUGUCCGACCGACAUAUCAGCAUCAGGAUCGGGAAAGCGUUUUGGUCUCGAGGCCCUGGUCCCUUGACCACUCUGCGAAGAGAGGAUUACCCAUCGUUGAUUCCGAAAAGUCCAAACGAGGAAGAUCACGCUUCCAUCUUCCAAGCCAACCUGGAGCUCACGCAGCUAUUCAGUAACGUACACGAUACAUUGUAUUCGAAUCCCAGCUCGAGCUUUCGAUCACACAUGAGCGGUAGCUACAUCAAGUUCAUUGAUGACUUUCGCUCCGCCAUAUAUGGCUGGAAGAGUGUAUGGGGUACAUUAACAUGUUCACCACCUCUGAAAGCAUGUUUACUCAUGUCUUACGACUACUUACGCCUAUACACCAACGCCUUCGCUUUCCAAGCCACAGUCCUCCGUGCUCUUCCAUCAUCAUCAUCGACACCUGGCGAUCCGACCGGCGGUGGUCCAGUCGGCAGUAGCAUGGGUCGAAUGCAAGUACCUCAACGCGUCUUCGUAAACAACGUCGGCGCAGUAGGCGACGCACGCUUCAUCUACGAAGGCCUUGACGCCGCAAAAGCCAUCCUCACCACCGUCAACAACUUCGUCGACCCCGAACGCUCACUCCGCUUCAUGCCACUACGAUACUACCUCUACCUCGUCUACGCCGGCGUUUUCCUCUACCGCGCGCGCUGCACCGGUGUGAUCAGCGCAGACGAAGACCGCGCGAUCCGCGCCAUGAUCAACGAAACAGUCGCGCGCCUCCAACGCAGCGCAGUCGGUUCCGGAACCGGUAUCCAACACCCCGGCUCCCGCUACUCCCAGCUCCUCAAACUUCUCUGGGCCAAAGUACCGAAGAAAGAUAAGGCAAAUCGGUCUUCGUUCCGCCACCCGGGUACCCAUAUUGCUAGUACGCCAGUUGACCAGAAUGGGUUUCCUCAACAUCCCGUUAUGGGCAGUCAGACUAGUCCACAGGCUAGUAGUACGGGCACGGGCGAGAGUCCGGCGCUGACGGAGCAGAUGGGGGAUUUUGGGUGGACGGAUCUGGGGGCUGUAAAUGAGUUUGCGGUACAUGGGGGUGGGAGUAAUGCGCCAAGUGAUGAGGCUGCAUUGUGGAAUGGCUUUUUGCCACUUGAUAUGGGAUGGAAUGCGCAGGGUUUGGGGUUUGAGGGUAUGAGUCUUGAUGGUAAUGAGUUGGGUAUGCUGUUUUGA